UCCCACCACUAACAGGGAGUUUAAGGGAUUUUGAGGUAGUUUUAGAAACUCCCUAUAAAUCUCUCACCAUUAACAGAGAUUUAAAAAGAUUUUGACAAACUCUCUCACGACUAACAGGGGAUUUGCUAACUCCAUUAAAAUCUCUCAAACUCUCCCACCACUAACCCCCCGUUCGAUUUUUGCUCGAAAAUUUCCCUCCCAAAAUAUUCUCCACAAAGAUCGUGGGAUGUUUGUCACGAUCUCAAUUACAAUUUCUCUUCUGAUAAAAAUCCAUAAAUUCAGUUUCCAUAGCAAAAUUAGCCCUAGGUUUUGGAAAAACGAAUCAAAGAAAUUGGAGAAAUCAACUCCUUUUGUUACUGUGGAUAUCUGAUGAUGGCGUUCCAGAAAAGAUGAGACAUGCUUUGCUGAUGAAGUAUGCGUACCAAAUUGUAUUGCAAACAAGAGAAAUGUUGCGUGCUUUGCCUUCAUUGGUUGAUGUGUCAAUAGCUGAGGGAAAGCAUUUCACUGUUUGUGGUGAUGUGCAUGGUCAGUUUUAUGAUCUGUUGAACAUAUUUGAGCUCAAUGGUCUCCCUUCAGAAGAUAAUCCAUACUUAUUUAAUGGUGACUUCGUUGAUAAAGGAUCCUUUUCUCUUGAGGUCAUUCUUACACUAUUUGCGUUCAAGUGUAUGUUUCCGUCAGGAAUUCAUCUAGCUAGAGGUAACCAUGAGAGCAAGAACAUGAACAAGAUUUAUGGUUUUGAAGGUGAGGUGAAAUCAAAGAUGAGUGAGGCUUUUAUUGAACUCUUUGCCGAAGUGUUCUGUUGUCUACCCUUAGCACAUGUCUUGAAUGGGAAGGUUUUCAUAGUUCAUGGAGGGCUUUUUUGUGUUUAUGGGGUGAAACUUACCGACAUUAGGAAAAUUGAUCGGUUCUGUGAACCUCCAGAAGAAGAUUCAUAAACUGGCCGUAAAUUCUCUUCUCAGGAGCAACCAAAUCAAUGAGAUAUUUUUGGAGCACAUGAAUAAACUGUCUUUCAUGAGGCUAGUGCAUGUGCAUCUGGGUUUCAUAUGCAGGCCAGUGCAUGUGGAUCUGUGAUCCAUAACACCUAUCAAUCCAUCAUUGCAAUACUUUACGAGGGAUUAAUUAGACACCUGAAAGCAAAGGAUAAUUUAUGAAAUACGCAGAACGAAUUGACAACGCUAAUAAUCUCUGUGAUAGGUUUCUUGGAGAGAUUCCCAGAAGAUCCUGCUCUGGUUUAGUUACAUUUGCAUACAGGCACUAUUAAAUUGUUUAUGAAGAAUCCAACAAAAGGCCCACAAGAAUGAUUUAGGUUUGUUGCUUCGAUGCUGGAUGCGUCAAUAUGUGUAUCCUUGUUAUUGAUGCUCCUGCAUUUUCAAUUGCACCAUUGCAGGUAGUCCUGAAUAAUACUACUGUUGAGACGGGUAAUCCAAUUCUGCGUGAUCGGACCUAUAAUUAUUUGCAAGUCCAACACGGUAUUGCCAGGCUGUAAGUCCAUAGAAGUAAUCGUCUUCAGACAAUAAAUAUGGUGUAGAUGUCUUCAAGUCCAACACGGUAUUUGCCAAGCUUUACAUGUCAGGGAGGACGUACAAGUUUAAGCUUCUCGCAAAACCCAUCAAAAAGGAUGGGCGACUAAAGGAUACAUUGACACUAAUAACAAAUUUAGUUUCGUCUUCUUGUAUUUGUAAAGAAAGAAAUGAUCCAAUCUUUAUAUGUUCGACUCUUUGCUUGUUUCAAAAGCAUAUAAGUAAUGAUAUUAUGAG